GGCAGUGCCGCCGAGCCGGGGCUGGGCACCUCGGCCGCUCGGGCCGCGGCGGCGGGGACCAUGCCGAGGAAAGUCUCCUGAGCCCGGCAACUUCGGCCCCUCCCCGCCCCCACCCGGGCUGCCCUCGGCGCGGCCCUGUCCAUGUGCAGCCGGCCGGCCGGGCUCUCCUCCUCGCAGGCGGAUGGGUGACCUUUUCCUGGCACGGGCAGGCUGUGCAAGGCGGCGGAGCAGGCGAUGAAGAAGAAGCAGCAGCAGCAGCAGCAGCAGCAGCAGCAGCAUCCCGGCAGCGGCGCGGAUCCCUGGCCCCAUGGGGCCCCUCUGGGGGGCGCCCCUCCCGGCCUGGGCAGCUGGAAGCGCCGGGUCUCCCUGCUGCCUCUCCUGCGCUUCUCCCUCCGGGACUACGGUUUCUGCAUGGCCACCCUGCUGGUCUUCUGCCUGGGCUCCCUCUUCUAUCAGCUCGGCGGGGGACCCCCGCGCUUUCUGCUCGACCUGCGGCAGUAUUUGGGAAAUUCCACUUACUUAGAUGACCAUGGACCCCCUCCUAGUAAGGCGCUGCCUUUCCCGAGCCAGGUGGUGUACAACAGAGUUGGCAAGUGUGGGAGCCGGACCGUGGUCUUGCUUCUGAGAAUCCUGUCAGAGAAGCACGGAUUCAAUUUGGUUACGUCAGACAUUCACAACAAAACCAGACUUACCAAAAAUGAACAAAUGGAACUGAUUAAAAAUAUAAGUACUGCCGAACAGCCCUAUUUAUUCACUCGACAUGUUCAUUUCCUCAACUUCUCAAGGUUUGGAGGAGACCAGCCUGUCUACAUCAACAUCAUUAGAGACCCUGUCAACCGGUUUUUAUCUAACUAUUUUUUCCGUCGAUUUGGAGACUGGAGAGGAGAACAGAAUCACAUGAUCCGUACCCCCAGCAUGAGGCAGGAAGAGCGCUACCUGGACAUCAACGAGUGUAUCCUUGAAAACUAUCCUGAGUGUUCCAACCCCAGGUUGUUUUACAUCAUUCCGUACUUUUGUGGACAGCAUCCCAGAUGCAGGGAGCCUGGUGAGUGGGCCCUUGAAAGAGCAAAGUUGAACGUCAAUGAAAACUUCCUGCUUGUGGGGAUUCUUGAGGAGUUGGAAGAUGUGCUGCUUCUACUGGAAAGAUUUUUACCUCAUUACUUCAAGGGUGUGCUCAGUAUCUACAAAGACCCAGAGCAUAGGAAACUUGGAAACAUGACUGUGACCGUGAAGAAGACCGUCCCCUCUCCUGAGGCUGUGCAGAUUCUCUACCAGCGAAUGCGAUACGAGUACGAGUUCUACCACUACGUCAAGGAGCAGUUCCACCUGCUGAAGCGCAAGUUCGGACUGAAGUCCCGGGUCAGCCACCCCGUGCUGAGACCCCAGUUCUUCCUUCCGACCCCACUGGAAACAGAGGAGCCGAUUGAUGACGAGGAACAGGAUGAUGAGAAGUGGCUCGAAGAUAUUUAUAAGAGAAACCAACAAAUCUCUCUAGAAUUUUUUCUUCGUUCACUAAAAUUGGACGGUAGCCAAGAUAUAAAGCAAGUGAUUUGGAACCUGUCAAGUGUGCACUAAAGCUACUAUAUUAUGAGAUGUAUUGAGAAGGCUUCACCCCGCAGGAGUCCAGUGAAGGCUGGGACCACAGAGGCACAGAGACCAGCAUUUGGCCGCUUGUGGGCCUCCUUUCUGCCUCAGAGAACUGGGGCAGGGAAGUGAUGAAGGGAAAUGUUCUUAGAAGAGGAAAUAUCCUUUGUCCUAUUUAGAGAGACCAGGGCCCUACCAUUAGGCUUACUUUAAAAAUCAACCCGGAGAAGAGCUAUCAUACUAACAACAGAGCAAGAGCUGCUGCCUGGUACCUUGUGAGUCCAUUCCUUUGAAAUCGCAUAUAAAGAAUGAUCGUUAGUUUACACACUGUGCAAUCUCAUUAUCUGAAAAUAAGGUCUGCUAAGUGUUCUCUGCUGUUGUCAGCACAUCAGGACAAUUUGUCAUUUAAAAAAAUGCAUCCUCUCAGUGCAAGUUCACAUGGGCACUUCUGCCUGUGUGUUCAAAGGCAUUUAUUGUCAGCAGUGAUCAUUAUAGCGUCACAGCGAACGAGGCUGGCUGAUUUACUUACAGGGCCUUAAUGUAAUUUUGCCCCAACAAACAGCCUCUAGGCCCUAAAAGUCGAGGCACGUCAUCAGUUUGGCACACACGACAACGUUUCUUUGGCCCUGAGCCCAACACAGUUUGUACUUCAUGAAAUAUAUUGUACAUUUUACAUAGUUUAAUUUAAAAAAUACAUUUUAAGCUGGUAGAUCUUUGACCGCCUUAUUUAUUAUAAGCUUUCAGCACAUUCCAAGGUUUUAGUUACUCAGGAAGGAGUUAAUUAAAAUGAUUUUAUUUUGGUCUGAUGGAUGUUUUUUAAAAGGAAAAUUAUUAUUAUGAACCUUCAGCCUACUUUCCUUGAGUGCCGUAAAAGUGCUUGUAAAUUGUUUUGUUUUUUUUUUAAGAAGAAAACAUGGUGUUUGACAUUGAUGGAAAUUCAAAAAUAUAUAUGGAACUGAAACAUUAGCUUAGCUAAAAUAAAAGCAAUCUGUGUUUGA